UGUCUCUCUGAAGGGGAGCACAGCUGCGGCACAGUUGCAGUUCCCUCCCACUGUGGACCCUCUCUCUGCAUCCUCUUCUCUGUGCGGAGCCGAAGCGCUUGGAACAACUUUUACAUCCAUUAAUUAUCCUUUGCGUUUGCCGCUCCAUUUUCAAGCAGGACCGCACAGCGUGUUCACGAUUAGAAGCGACCUGCAUACCAACAUCAGGGCCCCAGGAGUUGAACCAAUCCAGACGCCACAGCAGGAAUUGUUGACACCUCCCAUCAUUUUUGCAGCCCUUCCACAUUACAAUGGAGCUUUCUUUGCAGGGUUCCACUUCAUAUGACCCACUCUACAACACUAGCAUGCCAUCAAAUGCUUCAGGGAACGACACCGUUGAGCAGUUUACGGAAAUCAACCUUUUUGAAAUCCUCGGUCCCAAGCGAUCCCCCUUUUUUUUCCCUGUGACGACAGUUUACCUUUUGAUCUUCCUCACCGGGUUGUCUGGAAACCUUCUCACGUGUGCAGUGAUAGCAAAGCACAAGAAGAUGCGAAACCCCACUAACUUUUACCUUGUGAGCCUGGCUGUGUCGGACCUUCUCGUGCUGAUGUUUGGGAUGCCGUUGGAGAUUUACGACCUUUGGGAGAACUAUCCAUUCCCCUUUGGCGAGGGCGGCUGCUACUUCAAGACCUUCCUUUUCGAGACGGUCUGCUUCGCCUCUAUCCUCAAUGUCACGGCACUCAGUGUGGAGAGGUACAUCGCUGUGGUGCAUCCACUCAAAACGCGCUACCUCUCGACCAACCAGCAUGCCAAACGCGUCAUCACCAUUGUGUGGGCGUUGUCUAUGAUCUGUGCCAUCCCUAACACCUCGCUUCAUGGCAUCUUCUACCUGCCUGAGAGAAUGGAGGAAUCCGCCAUUUGUGCUGUGAUCAAGCCCCUGUGGAUCUAUAACUUGGUGAUGCAAAUCACAACUGUGUGUUUCUACUUUGUUCCGAUGAUGAUUAUUAGCGUGCUCUAUCUAGUGAUGGGCGUUCAUUUGGGUAGAGAAAGGCGGCAUGCCAGGAAGAACCUGGGAAGGAACUGCUGCAGCAGCAACAGGAGGAGGAUCUCCGCGGAGAAUAGCCGCAGAAGACAGGUCAUCAAGAUGCUCUCGAUUGUUGUGGCUGUAUUUGGAGUCUGCUGGGCUCCCUUCCAUAUUGAGCGGCUUCUGUGGAGCUCAGUCAGCCAAUGGACCGACGUGAUGCACAAUGUUUAUCAAUACGUCCACAUCCUGUCUGGCAUCUUCUUCUACCUAAGCUCUGCGGUAAACCCCAUCAUCUACAGCCUGCUGUCCACGCGAUUCAGAGAAUGCUUCCGGGAACUCGUUUGCUCCCACUCAGAGGGAAAAAGCUCUGUCAGAGACUCACCACCAUUCCCGAAGAUUUUACUAGAUGCCUCCAUCUCAAGUUCCAGAACACAGUAUGAGAUUAAGGACUCAACUUCUACCAUCCCUUUGCUGUCUCCCAGUGUGACUUUGAAAAUGGAAACUGCAGUCCUCCCAUGUGCAGCAAAAGAAGCCGGCUCUAAGACCUCUGUUUUCUGAGAUUCGUUUGAAACCUGGAAAUAAGCAGGAAUAUUUUGAAAUUAUGGGGAAACAUUUAAGGAAAUGUGUUUAUUUGCUUGAUGGCAAACAGACUGAGACACCAGUUUGAUUGUCAAACUAUCCCCAAGAGAUGGUUAAUAUGUUUUUAUGUAAUGGCUAUGAAACUGAGGGAUCAACAUUGGAUUUGUCCAAAACGUUGCAGGAAGUGAAAUAAAAAAGUUUCAGUAUCUUAGUAAAGCUUGUGUUAAUGAAGCCCAGACUCAGCACAAAGCAUGCAAAAUUAUUUUUUUGCAUCGCUGGAUAGUGAAAGUGUGGCUGUUCAGGGUAAGAAAUUAAGUGCUGACAUGGCAUCUGCAAGUUUCUGUAUAUUGAGCAGGCUUUAUGUCUUACAAAUCCAUGAGUCAGCAACCACAGUCUGACUGGUCUUGACUUUUCCAAACAGGUGUUUUCAUGCUGAGUCAAAUCUUGUAAAUUAAUUCUAAGUGUAUAAUUGUUGGGCAUUUGUUGUGAAACAAAAAAAAAAAAGGAAAAAAGAAAAGAAAAAGUGUUUACCUUUGGAACGCUCUAUUUGUCAAAAGUUCUGCAAUGAGAUUGGUUUGUUUGACAAAAAAAAAAAAA